GUCUCUGAAAGCUGGAUUACCCAGUUUCAACACCGCCAUCCUGACAAGCUCAUCACCAAAUACGACACUGGUAUGGAUUGUAGGCGUCACCUGGCUGACAACAAGCAUAAAUACAAGUUGUACUUUAACUUGCUGCACUCUAAGAUGCGAGAACAUGGCAUUGACAAGCGCAACACGUACAAUAUGGAUGAGAAAGGCUUCUACGUUGGCAUCGCCCACUGCACCAAAAGGAUCUUCUCUAAGGCAGUUUAUAAGUCAAAAGAGCGUACAGCAGCAAUAAGAGAUGGCAACAGAGAAUAG